GCUAACGAGCUCAUCCCAUCCCAAAAAAACAACAACAGGGAGGCGUUUGCUCCUUAUUCCAGACAGUAAGAGUCAUAUUUAUGAAUGAUUUACUCCUGGGGUUGAGGGCUUGAUGCAAAUGAGCACAAAGGAAGUUGUCAGCAGCAUCGUGCUCUGGCCAAUGGAAGGAAAGCUCCAUCUUAGCUGUGCCAUAGGCUGCACUAAAAAAAGGGACCAGAACGGCGCUCUCUCAGCAUCCUUUCACACAAGAGGUAGCUCCCAAAUCUGUGCCAGUGAGCAUACUCAGACAGCUCUUCAAGAAUGGCAACCCCCAACGGCACUCACUGGAACGAGACUACUACAUACAUCUCCCAAUAUCUGGGCUUCCAAGUGCAAAAAAUUUACCCUUUCCAUGACAACUGGAACACUGCCUGCUUUGUUAUCCUGAUCAUAUUCAUCUUCACCGUGGUUUUCCUGGUGGUGCUGGCUUUCCUGUACGAAGUGCUGGACUGCGGCUGCUGCGCGAAGAACAAAACUGUGAAAGACUUGGAGAACGAGCCCAAUCCCGUCAGAGCAAUGAUGAACAGCUUCAGGAAGCGUGGGAGAGAGGUGGUGUAGGAAGCACUGAGCACCUGCGCUUGGAGAACUGGGUUUGACACCUCCAAUGAAGCCUCUUGUACCUUACAAGCGAGCAAGUCAUGUGCUUUUUUCUUUUGGACUUAAAUACCCACAGUUGCAAUUUUAUCUCUGGAUGUGAGCUGGAAUAGUUGGCACAGGCUUUCCAAGUGCUAAGCAGAAAGACAAUCUAUUGCAGUGUCAUGGGAGGGAAAAAGAUUUUUGUUUUUAGAUGAACUUUUGCUGUUUAUAUUGAGUGACUAGCAUAGAAUUUUGUCUACCUGACCGAACAAAUGUUGCCUAACUGUGUUGCUUAACUGAAGAGAACAGUUAUAAAAUGUUCAACAGUCUGAUCACAUUCAGUGCAAAGACAGCAGUGUUGUCCCACUGAGUCAACCACACAGGGACAGGGCAGACAGAGAAGGGGUAAGAAAAAAGUUGGGAGAUAAGGGCUGAAUGGCAAGAGACCCUUCAAGGAGGAGAGGAUUGGGUGAAUUCUAGCACUUGGCAGCUUUUUAUGAUGGGUUUCUCGCUUUUACAAGAGAGGGUGGUGGGAGGAAAACUAAGCCAGCAAGAAAUGUACCCCUAAAAUGGUCUUUUCUAGUCCUCCUAAGGGUAGUUUGACCUUUUCUUCCCCCACUUUCUCCAGUUCCAGGGAACUGUUCUCCCCUUACUUCAUAUGCAGUCUGGUCAACAAUUUCUGGGUGUUGAGACCUGUGUAACCCAUUACCUUCAGAAUACCUUGAGCCUUUCCAAAAGUCCUGCUGGAAAUGAACAGGGACAAUUCUCUGCCCCAAGGUUGAUGCUUCUGUGGCAACCACAACACUGCAGGGAGUUGGACAUGCUGGAUCUAUUGUCCCUAUCCCAAACUUUCAAAGCCAAACUGGAACUGAUGGAGCUCUUGCCAUGAAUGCAGGGAGGUGGGCCACAGACCUCCCCCACUGAGGAGGGGGAUGUCACCCAGCCCAGGAGCCAACACACAGGAGGCCAUGCCAGGAUCAGCCCUGUGCCAGACAGGGCAGCUUCACUUUGCACAAGACUCCAUCUGCCUGCUGACACAUCCCAGAGCUCCCACUCAGCCCUUCCUCAUGUCCUGACCACACAACUCUCACACCUCUGGCUCACCAGUCCUCUGUAGCUGUGUCGUGCCUGUGAUUUUCAAAACCAUUCAGGCUAACAGUAUCCAACAGCGUGGCCAUCAGCAGCUCCUGGCAAGUCCUUCACACCCCUGAACCCACACAGAAAUGUCCCAGAGCAAAGCUAUACAUGGGACAAGUUAUUUCACUGUAUUAACCCCACAAACUAUCCUGUCAUGAAGGAAACAAAACCCACCUAAAUGGCCACAGACAUAAGUGACCUUGCAGUCCAUCCAUCUCCAAAAAAUCUCUGUGCUAUGGCCAGUACCUAUAAUGAUCUCUUUUUUAAUAUAUAUCAAACCCCUCUCAGGCUGAGCACGAUUAAGCUCCAGAAGAACUGGACACGGUGGAAGACUGGCUAAUUGACACAUGCUGCUCCUGGUUGGUGAGAUGGAGUCACAAGACACCCAGGGCACUACGAACUAGCACAGCUAGUCCAGUGAUUCACCUGGAGAAGCAAACUCCCUCCUGCAGCCACAAAUCCUCACCACCAUUCAUCUCAGACACACUUCUCACAGUGAGGUUUGGCCAGGACCUGUCCCCUGUGCAGAGAAUGUUUCAAGCUCAAAACGAAAAGCACAACUGAUGGAAGCCAAUGCCUCGAGUACAAGAUAAUUUAGACGGUAAUGAAGAUAAUGUCAGUGGUGACAACAAUGACACCUUACCCUCUGCUGUAUGUGACAGCAUCAGACUGCAAAGUCCUGCUCAAGAGUAGCCAUCAGGAUGCACUGAAUUAAUGUUUCCUUCCUAAAAGCAAACGCUCUGGACACUUACUUGCAGCAUUCCCACAAAAUGCCCAUCAUGGCUGCACACAAGAGGGCGGUGUGUGCACCACGCCAGCCUCUGCUGCUCUGGCACUGCCUUCCCGAGAAGCACACGGAGUGACAAACCUUGGGACUCAUCCCAGCUUUGUAUUUCACAGGGUUGCAAAGGGGAGUGGGUGUGAGCACAAGGAACAGAAGACAAAGGUGUCCCCUUGCACAGUACCAGAGAAGACUCAGGACGAUUCUUUCCCACAAAACAGCCCCUGAAGAUUUCAGCUCUUGGCUACUGUUGGUGGAGACCACUGAGACAAAGGUCUUGAGACAAAGACCAGAGCCACAAUUUACUAUUGAUUAAUAAAAUGAAACAAAACCAGA